UCCUGCCAAAGAGGGAGAGAGUGUAGCAGUCGCCGCUCGCUCGCUCGCUCGCUCGCGCUCGCCCUAUUUCUCCCCGCGAAUCUCCAAUCCUCUCUUCUCGCAGCGCCAGCGCCAGCGCCAUCGCGGUGAUGCGAUGCGAUUCUUCUUGUGCUUGAGCGCUCCCCGCUGCUUGCCAAGGCGAUUGACAGGAGAAUCUCGUGUUCUUGCCCACCUAAUCAAUGGGAUUCCUCGCUGAUCCAGUGCCCGGGCUGGGAUUGGAACCAGUAGGGUAGAAAAGCGGCGAGCAGCGGCGAAAUUUCUUGGCAUUGGAGGAGGCUACUGUGGCAUGCGGAUCAGGCGAGCGGCGGGAGCAGCAGGAGCAGCGGAAUUUCUUGCGGCGAUUGGUGGCGCGGAUCGUCAUGGCGAGGUUCAUACCGACAUCGAUUAGUUCGCUGCUGCUACUGCAUUUCAAAUCGCCAUUUCCUCAGCAGCAUCUGGAAGCAUCGUGCAGUUCAUGCUUUAGCAGUUGUCAUCACGGAGGUCCUUCGUUACAUGGUGGAGAUGGCUCGUGGGAAUGGCUGGAACAUCUCAUCUCCGGUCCCUGCCAGCAGCACAUACUCGCGCUCGCGCUCAGCAUCAUCAUCAUCAUCUCCUACUCACUCAUCCUGGUAUGGCAAAGGGUGCGCUUCUAUGGAUCCGUUUACAGGCCCAUCAAGCUCCACCACUCGGGUCUCAAUGGCGUCCACAUCGAAGUCUCGCAGACCAAGCGCAUCGGCCUGCUCUUCAAGCUCACGGCUUUCAGCUGCUGCUACAUGCUGCUGCUCAACGUUCUAGCAUUCGUUUGUGGGAUCUGGAAGGCCUGGAGCGGAUGGACAGAGCUCUUGCUGCUGAUGUGCAUCGCCUCGGCCGUACAAGCAAUUGCCUGGGUGGUGAUCUCGUUGGCCACGGAUUCGGUGAGGAAGACUGGGGCUCCAAAGUUUCCGGGAUUGCUCAGGGUGUGGUGGCUCCUCUCCUUCAGCUUGUGCCUCUAUCGGCUGUCCAUGGAUAUCAUCAUCGCCAGGCGCACAGGCUCCAUGUCCUUUCAAGGCUGGCUGGAAGUUUGCUCGUUUCCGGCAUGCGUUUGGCUCGGGCUUGCUGCACUCAUUGGAAAGUCCGGGGUAGUCCAUGUUGUGGAAGAGAUUCACCAGCCUUUUCUCAACACUAAUGGCACCGGCGGAAGAGAGGGAGUUGUUCAUGGCUGCGAGUUCGUCACUCCAUACAGCAAGGCCGGGGUUCUCAGCUUGAUGACAUUCUCGUGGCUGAAUCCGCUGCUCGCUGUGGGAGCUCGCAAGCAUUUGGACCUCAAAGACAUUCCUUUGCUGGCACACCAGGAUCGGGCCGAGGUGUCUUACAUGAAGCUGAAACACAACUGGGACAAGCUCAAAGCGGAGAACUCGUCGAGGCCACCGUAUCUCUUCAUGGCGAUUGCAAAGUCGUUCUGGAGGGAGUCGGCUUGGAACGCCUUGUUCGCGCUGUUCAACGUCCUGGCUUCGUACGUUGGUCCAUACUCGAUCAACGACUUCGUGGAAUAUCUCGGUGGGAGGAGAAGGUUUGCCAGAGAAGGAGUUUUCUUGGCGCUGCUAUUCUUUGGUUCCAAGCUUGUGGAGAGCCUGACACAGCGGCAGUGGUAUAUGGGGAUCGACAUUCUUGGCUUGCAUGUCCGCUCGGCAUUGACAGCCUUCGUCUAUCACAAGGGGCUGAGGCUUUCGAACUCUUCUCGGCAGGGUCAUACCAGCGGAGAGAUUAUCAACUACAUGGCAGUGGACGUUCAACGAGUGGGCGACUUCUCGUGGUACUUGCAAGAUACUUGGGUACUUCCGCUGCAAAUACUUCUGGCGAUGGCGAUUCUUAUCAGAAGCGUCGGUUGGGCUGCCUGUGCGACUUUAGUGGCUACAUUCAUCUCGAUCCUGGGAAAUAUACCGCUAGUCAAAAUGCAGGAGGAUUACCAGGACAAACUCAUGACUGCGAAGGAUGAGAGGAUGAAAUCGACGUCCGAGUGUUUGAGGAGUAUGCGGAUACUUAAGCUCCAGGCCUGGGAAAACAGAUACUGUAAGAAGGUGGAAAAGCUCCGGGAGGAGGAGUACGGAUGGCUCCGAAAGGCUCUUUACACUCAGGCAGCUGUGACGUUUAUUUUCUGGGGAGCGCCGAUUUUUGUCUCAGUCGUCACUUUCGGGACCUGCGUCCUGAUGGGGAUUCCACUCACUGCUGGACGGGUUCUCUCGGCUUUAGCUACGUUCCGAGUAUUACAGGAGCCUCUUCGCAAUAUACCGGAUCUCCUGUCUACUAUUGCUCAAACCAGAGUAUCACUGGACAGGCUCUGGAUUUUUCUUCAGGAGGAGGAGCUCCAGGAGGAUGCAAGCAUACGGUUGCCCUGUGAUGACCGCACGGAAAAUGCAGUCGAGAUUGAAGAUGCUUCUUUCAGCUGGGAUGAAAGCGUGGCGUGUCCUACUUUGAAGAACAUCAACUUGCGCGUGAAGAAGGGUAUGAGAGUCGCAAUUUGUGGCGUUGUUGGUUCGGGGAAGUCGAGCCUUCUCUCUUGCAUCCUCGGUGAAAUACCAAAAUUGUCGGGAACAGUAAAGGUGGUGGAUUCGACUGCCUACGUUGCACAAUCUGCUUGGAUUCAGUCAGGGAAGAUUAAAGACAACAUCCUGUUCGGGAAAAAGAUGGACAGGAUGCGGUACGAAAAUGUGUUGCAAGUUUGCGCACUCAAGAAGGAUCUGGAGCUUUUUGCGUAUGGAGACCUCACCGAAAUUGGUGAACGAGGAAUCAACUUGAGUGGAGGCCAAAAACAAAGGAUCCAGCUCGCCAGAGCAUUAUACCAUGAUGCUGAGCUCUACCUGUUGGAUGAUCCAUUUAGUGCUGUCGACGCACACACGGGAACAGAGUUGUUUAAGAAAUGCAUUCUUGGGGAUCUUGCCACAAAGACCGUGUUCUUCGUCACUCAUCAAGUGGAGUUCCUUCCUGCAGCGGAUCUAAUUUUGGUGAUGAGGAAUGGCGAAAUAAUACAGGCCGGUAAAUACGACGAGCUUUUGCAAGCCGGUGCAGAUUUUAAUGCGCUGGUGGAUGCUCAUAUCGAAGCCAUCGAAGCCAUGGAUAUAAACGAGUAUUUGGUUGGAUACGAGGACGACUUCGAGGACAAAGUUGAAGUGGAUAGAGCUGGCGGGAAACUCAACAAGGUGGGCAGCAAGAAUGCGGAUAGAGCUGGCGGGAAGCUCAACAAGAUGGGCAGCAAGAAGGAUAAGUCUCGGAAAGCUCAGCUCGUACAGGAGGAAGAACGAGAACGCGGAAGUGUCAACCUUCACGUCUACUGGUCCUACCUCACUGCAGCAUACGGUGGUGCGUUGAUACCAGUGAUCCUGUUUGCACAGUCUAUGUUCCAGUUCCUGCAAAUUGCCAGCAACUGGUGGAUGGCUUGGGCAAGUCCGACAACACACGGAAGAUCUCCUCGAGUCGGCAACUUACUCAUGAUCCUGGUCUACACGGCGCUGGCUUUCGGGAGUGCUAUCUUUGUCUUCGUCCGAGCAAUGCUUGUCUCCGUUUUUGGUCUUGUGACCGCACAAAAGCUAUUCGUGAGCAUGCUCUCCUGCAUCUUUCGGGCUCCAAUGUCUUUCUUUGAUUCCACUCCAGCGGGGAGAAUCCUCAACAGAGCUUCAACUGAUCAAAGCGUUGUUGAUCUUGAUAUACCUUUUAGACUUGGAGGUUUUGCUUCAACAACGAUCCAGUUGUUUGGAAUUGUCGGCGUGAUGACGAAAGUUACCUGGCAAGUUAUCAUACUGUUCUUAACAGUCGUUGCUAUUUGCGUCUGGAUGCAGCAAUAUUAUAUGGCGUCUGCAAGGGAGUUGUCCAGACUGGUUGGCAUUUCGAAGUCACCUAUCAUACAUCACUAUAGCGAAUCAAUUUAUGGAGUUGCUACUAUCCGAGGUUUUGGACAGGAAGAGCGGUUUAAGAAAACAAACAUGGAUUUGUACGACUCGUAUGGCCGACCUUACUUCAACAGCUUUGCUGCAAUCGAAUGGUUGUGCUUACGGAUGGAAAUUCUUUCUACGUGUGUUUUUGCAUUUUCUAUGGCGCUGCUUGUGAGUUUCCCUGUAGGAGUGGUCGAUGCAAGCAUUGCUGGCUUGGCGGUGACUUACGGACUCACAUUAAAUGCAAGGCAGUCAAGGUGGGUGUUGAGCUUGUGCAAACUAGAAAACAAGAUUAUCUCCGUGGAGCGGAUCCAACAAUACACUCGUAUACCGAGUGAGGCACCGCUGGUUCGAGACAACUGUCGUCCACCAAAGGACUGGCCUUCGGAAGGAACGGUGGACAUAGAAAACUUGCAGGUGCGGUAUAGCUCACGUACUCCAAUUGUUUUGCAUGGAGUCACCUGUACAUUUCCCGGAGGAAAGAAGGUUGGAGUCGUGGGCCGGACUGGCAGUGGAAAGUCUACUCUUAUUCAGGCACUCUUCCGGAUGGUCGAGCCAAUUGGUGGUAGGAUAAUUAUCGAUGGCAUCGACAUAUGCAGGAUUGGGCUCCAUGACUUGAGGUCUCGCUUGAGUAUCAUCCCGCAGGAUCCCACAUUGUUCGAAGGGACCGUUCGCGCCAACCUUGAUCCCCUUGAAGAGCACUCGGACACUGAAAUCUGGGAGGCCCUAGACAAGUGUCAGCUCGGGGAUUUGCUUCGUUCAAGAGAGGAUAAGCUUGACUCGCCAGUGACGGAAAAUGGCGAGAAUUGGAGUGUUGGACAGAGGCAGCUGUUUUGCUUGGGACGAGCUCUGUUGAGGCGUACACGCAUUUUGGUCCUGGACGAAGCCACGGCGUCCGUCGACACAGCAACGGACGGCGUCGUCCAGCGCACAAUCCGUGCGGAGUUUCUGAAUUGCACGGUCAUCACUGUUGCUCACAGGAUUCCUACGGUGAUUGACAGCGAUCUCGUACUGGUGCUGAGCGAUGGAAAAGUAGCUGAGUUUGACACUCCGAUCAAGCUGCUGGAGGAGAAGUCCUCCAUGUUUCUAAGACUAGUGACGGAGUACUCGAUGAGAUCAAGCAGCGUUUCAGACUUGACGCUUAUAGGGUCGCACACAUGAAGAGUUUUGUCUUCCAUCAGGCAGCAGCAGCAGCAGCAGCAGCGAGAAUCUUGAAAGAGUUCCAAUCAGACCGGGGAGGAAACGUUCACACAAAAGUUUUGCGUCCAUCCUGGCCGAGGUAGAGAAGAGAAGGAACUUGCGGUCAUGUUGUCUAAAACAAGAAAAGAAAAAUAACUACGUUAUAUUGUUCUAUGUA